CUGUGAUGAAAGUCCUGAAUAACGAGAAAGGGUUAAAAAUUAAGAAAGAAUUGUUUAAUAACACUCCUAAUCUUACCUUAAGAGGAUGUACAUUUGAUGUAAACCACUUACAUCAGUUUAUUACUGCUGGAGGAAUGCCUUCUCAAUUGGGAAACUACCCUAAAGUUGCCAAAACUCCAGCUCCUGAGCUACGGAGCGUCAGAUCUCAACCAGAUACAUCAAUGCUUUUUACCAGAAGCAAGUUCAGCAGAGAGCUUUCUCAGCAGAGAAAUAGAAGCAGCAAAAAUCUUGGAGUUGAUUUUAUGACCAACAUCAGACCAAGUUCAACAUUUCUUUCUGUGCCAAGAUACACCACCUCAUAUCUCACCGGGGAGAGUGCUAAUUACUAUACCAGCAUAAAGAAGCCAAUGGUAGACCCAGACAGGGUUGAAAGUGAAAUAGCUCAUUUUGAUUCUGAAAAGACUCAGAGAAACAUAGCUGUAACUGAGAAAAGCAAAAUACAAAAAGCUUUAGGAGAUAUGUAUAAUAACACCAUUCCGUUUACUCAGAACCAGAAGAAUUUUUUAAUGACCCCCAAAGAUAGAAGAAAUGAGGUAAAAGAAAUGAAGGAGAAACUUUCCCAGUAUAUCGACCUCAAACAACAAGCCAUGUUUGUGAAUAAGAGAAAUAGACAGUUAAAGUAUGGAUAUCGGGACAACAUUCGUGAUCAAAUCAUCAGACCCAAGACUACCAACAACUUUUUCUCCAAUAGGAAAAUACAGGAGGAUAGAAAAGGAGUUUCUACUUCUAAAUAAUUCAAGACGUAGAAUGAGACUACAAAUGGCCAAGAAUGGGACGAACAGCCAGAUCGAGUUCUUUUGUCAACAGAAAUUUCCUAAAAAUAAAACUGGAAAGGAUAAAGUAGCAGAUAUAGCAAUCGGAUGGAACAAGAAGAAGGAGAUUAAAGGAAAACAGCCCCAGAAUACUUUCAAAAAUCUCUUUCAUGUUUAAUGACGGUAUUUC